CGCAUCACUGACUGCGGGUGCGCGAGCCGCGCGCUCCCGCCGCCCGCGUCGCCAUCUUUUUCCCUCUGUCUGUCUGUCUGCCGUUGGCUUUGUCCGUCUGCAGCGCCGCCCCUCGGCUCCCCGCCACCGGCUCGGCCCGGAGCCCCUUCCGCUAGCUGGGGCCCAGUCCCUGAGCGCCCCGGCCCGGCUGGCUUGGGCUGCGGUCCCGGGUCCAUUGUCCGGCGGUCCGUCUGUCCGGAGGCGGGGCCCAGGGACCCAGAGCGCAGCGCAGCGCCGAGGCGCCGGAUACAGAUCACUUGGAUUCAGUCGAGUUUGCUUUGCUCCGUGGGAACUGCACCAGAGCUGGAGGUCUGGAAAAGAACUGUGUUUGAUAUGCAGAUAUGCUAGAAGACUGCCUGAAAGCUGCUUCCUUUGCCACUUCCUGUGGAGGCCUGUCUUUGCCAUUUGCGGUUUCUUUCUUCUUUUGGUUAGCAUCUUGCAAGGAGGUAGUAACAUAUCCAGUCGUGAAACUGGGAAAGACCAGAACUCUUGCGUCAGGGAAACAUGUCCCGUCGGAAACAGACAAAUCCAAAUAAAGUUCACUGGGAUCAAGUAUUUGCUGGGCUAGAAGAGCAAGCCCGCCAGGCGAUGAUGAAAACUGAUUUUCCUGGAGACCUUGGCAGUCAGCGACAAGCUAUCCAACAACUAAGAGAUCAGGACUCCAGUAGCAGUGAGUUCUGCACCUUCUGGUGACAGUGAGGGUGAUGAAGAGGAGACCACACAAGACGAAGUCUCUUCCCACACAUCAGAGGAAGAUGGAGGGGUGGUCAAAGUGGAGAAAGAGUUAGAAAAUACACAACAGCCUGUUGGUGGGAACGAAGUGGUAGAGCACGAGGUCCCAGGGAAUUUGAAUUCUGACCCCUUGCUUGAACUCUGCCAGUGUCCCCUCUGCCAGCUAGACUGCGGGAGCCGGGAGCAGUUGAUUGCUCAUGUGUACCAGCACACUGCAGCAGUGGUGAGCGCCAAGAGCUACAUGUGUCCUGUCUGUGGCCGGGCCCUUAGCUCCCCGGGGUCAUUGGGUCGCCACCUCUUAAUCCACUCGGAGGACCAGCGUUCUAACUGUGCUGUGUGUGGAGCCCGGUUCACCAGCCAUGCCACUUUUAACAGUGAGAAACUUCCUGAAGUACUCAAUAUGGAAUCCCUACCCACAGUCCACAAUGAAGGCCCCUCUAGUGCUGAGGGAAAGGACAUUGCCUUUAGUCCUCCAGUAUACCCUGCUGGAAUUCUGCUUGUGUGCAACAACUGUGCUGCCUACCGUAAACUGCUGGAAGCCCAGACUCCCAGUGUACGCAAGUGGGCCCUACGUCGACAGAAUGAGCCUUUGGAAGUACGACUGCAGCGGCUGGAACGAGAGCGCACGGCCAAGAAGAGCCGGCGGGACAAUGAGACCCCUGAGGAGCGGGAGGUGAGGCGCAUGAGGGACCGUGAAGCCAAGCGCUUGCAGCGCAUGCAGGAGACAGAUGAGCAGCGGGCACGCCGGCUGCAGCGGGAUCGGGAGGCCAUGAGGCUGAAGCGGGCCAACGAAACCCCGGAAAAGCGGCAGGCCCGGCUCAUCCGAGAGCGAGAGGCCAAGCGGCUCAAGAGGAGACUGGAGAAAAUGGACAUGAUGUUGCGAGCUCAGUUUGGCCAGGACCCUUCUGCCAUGGCAGCCUUAGCAGCUGAAAUGAACUUCUUCCAGCUGCCUGUAAGUGGGGUGGAGUUGGACAGCCAACUUCUGGGCAAGAUGGCCUUUGAAGAGCAGAACAGCAGCUCUCUGCACUGAACCACACCCUCCUGACUGCCCUCCUCCCCACCUACCCACCCACCCACCCACACUCACAGCCACGAGGACCAGUGCUGCUGCCACCCACGAGGCCCUGUCCUUGCUGCCAGAGGCAGGCCUGGGUUUGUUGCAGGUGGACCUGAACGGCCCUUGCGUGUGGGAGCAGGAUGACGGGGUCAGGAGGGACCUGGCCCAAGGCAGCUCUGGACAAGGGAGCAGGCAGUACAGAGAACUGGCCUCCCCAGCCCACUGCGACAGGCCGUGCUUCUAGGACUGUGGGGCUCCUGUAUGGCCCAUGAAGUUGUGAGGUCAAAUAAAUUAAUUUUAUCUUUA